UCGUACUAUUUCCGAAUGCCGUAUCCUUGGUCAGUCUGCCGCGACGAGUCGACGUGCUUAAUCGUCACGUCCUCGAUUAAAUCAUUAAUCGUGUUUAAAGCGUCUCAUUUUUUGUACACGUGAAUAAUUUAUUUAUUUUUUUUUUUGCCUCUUUUGUACUUGUAAGUUGUUGUUUAAUUUUUUUUUCUUCAUUUGAGCUUUCAUAAAUUUAAGAAUAAUUUUUCAUAUUAUUUCCAUUUUAGUGGAUUGAUUAUUAUUAAUUUUUUCUAUUAGUUUUUAUUUAAAUUUAGUGGUUUUGUUUUCUGUAAAAUAUUUUAAAUAAAUAUGUUGAUUGUUCAAUUUACCGUGGGGUUCUCGUAUUGAGUGAAUUUGAUUUUUUUUAUUUAUUAAAAAAAAUAUACUCACCUGUAUAUGUAUUGGAAAAUUAAUAACGUUGAAAAAAUACUGUCGGUUAUAUUUACAGAUACAUAUUAUUUUUUACAAAAUAAACAAAUAGUAUGUAUUUAUUAUGGGAAAAAAAAAUAUUACAUAUGAUAAAGUAGAGCAAUGACAACUGCAUUUAUUUUGUCAACUUUUAGUAACGUGAUAUCUCAUGCAAUCAUGUUUUGUCGUAUUAUUUAAUUUUGUUGACUCACGCGAGAACCCUUUCUGCAAACACUGCAGUAUUUUAAUUUUCAAAAAACAUAUUAUUUUUUGUUGUAAAAAUAUUUUUCAUUAUUAUAUAUAUAUAUAUUUUAUUGAAAAAAUUCGCUUGACUAGGUAGUUUGAAGUAUGUAAACAAUUGUCAACAGGCCGUGAUUCGCUGAUCGCCCUUGUUUGAUCUCUGGAGUUUAACAUCCGGUUUACGUCGGGACACAAAAGAUAAUCUGCGUUGAACUGAACGUUUUAUUUUUUUUUUUACUUUUUUUUUUUUAUAUUCUUUUUUUAAAUUUUUUUAUCGUCAAUUGUGAAAACUCAAUAGAGGAUCCAUUAAGCCAUCAACAAGUGAAGUGCUGAAAGGAUAUUUUUUCCAAAAGAGAAAUGUUACUCUAUAAUUGACUUGUGUGAAAUAUUAUCGUGAAAUAGUGCCGAGAUAAUAAUAUCAAAUAAAAAAUAAAACAAAAAAAAAAUUAUUAAACGUAAUAUUGAUGUGCUUUUUUUAAAAAAAAAAAUUUAAAAUACAUUAGUUAAAUUUGUGAGUUGAGUUUAAUUUAAAAAAAAAAUAUCUUGAUAUAUAGAGCAGGAUUAAAAUGGCAGAAAGACACCGGAGAAAUCGAUAUCUCAGCAUCAGUAUACUUCACGUGAUCACCAUGAUGUGCCAAGCAUUAUCAGAAGGACCAUUGUUUGCUGAGCCAAUACCAAAUGUAACAGUUGCUGUUGGUAGAGAUGCAAGUUUACCAUGUGUCAUCAACAAUCUUGGAACUUACAAGGUGGCAUGGUUGCAUGUUGGUCGUCAAAUGCUUUUAACAAUUCACACCCAUGUUGUUGUUAAAAUGCCAAGAUUUUCAAUAUCACAUGAUAAACAAAAAACAUGGUUACUUCGUAUUCAAAAUGUUCAACAACAAGACAGAGGAUAUUACAUGUGUCAAGUUAAUACAGUACCAAUGAUAAGCCAAGUUGGAUAUCUUCAAGUUGUUGUACCACCAAAUAUUUUAGACACACUGUCAACAGAAAGUACAGUAGCUGUGAAAGAACAUCAAAAUAUAACACUGACAUGCAAAGCAGAGGGUUAUCCAACACCUACUCUCAUGUGGAGACGUGAAGAUGGUCAUUCAAUUCCAAUUGAUCGACGAUCAAAGGUUGAAAAAUAUCUUGGUGAACAGCUUAACUUAACAAAAAUUACAAGAACUGAAAUGGGAGCAUAUCUUUGCAUCGCAACAAAUGGAAUACCACCAACUGUCAGCAAAAGAAUAACAGUCGAUGUUGAAUUUUCACCGACGAUAUUUGUACCAAAUCAAUUGAUGGGUGCACCAGCUGGUAAAAAUGUAACUCUUGAGUGCAAUGUUGAAGCACAUCCACGUGCAAUAAGCUACUGGAAUUUUAAUAAUACAAUGGUAUUAUCAAAUGAUAAAUAUACAUCAACAAUAAUGGAAAGUAGCUACAGAACAAAUAUGCAAUUAACUAUUAGAAAUCUCCAAUCAAGUGAUUUUGGAAGUUAUCGAUGUAUUAGUAAAAAUUCACUUGGUGAAACUGAAGGAUCAAUUAGGCUAUACGAAAUGGCACAACCAUCAGCUCCACCAACAGCAACAGAAAUUAGAAGCAGUGCAAAUAAAGAGGGUAGGCAGUAUAGUACACCAUCACCACCAAAAAGACACACAACAGUAUGGCCAGCUGCAUACAACCCUUAUCCAAAAAGGACAGAGAGACCACCAUCAAGCCAAAAGGACAUUGAUAGACAAGAAAGAAAACAUCAGGGUCAGAGCUCAGGAAGCGCCUAUAUUAUCAGAUGGAGUGCACCGCAACUGAUGGUUGUUGCAAUACAAUAUAUAUUAACUGGUCCUUAUAUGCCACCUUAUGUACCACAAUAUGCCAAUUAAGGAUAAUCAAUCACUAGACAUUAUUCAAAUGGAUUUAUCAUCUUAUAUAUAUAUCAAAUUAAUUUUAAAUAACAUGGGAUUUAAAUGCACAUCUAUCAGUGUAUCAUCAAUGACAGAUGAAAUUUAAUUAAUGAUUUUUCUUGUUUAAAUUAAUCAUUAAUAAAAAAAUAAAAAUAUCAGUGAUAAAAAUUAUUUAAAUAACUAAAUGAAUUAUUGUGGACAAAUGGAAUUAUCAUUGGAAUUGAAUUUAACAUAUUUGAAAUAUAUCAUCAAGAUAAUAAUCACUAAUAAUUGUAUUAAUAAUUUACAAAUUACAAUCAUAAUUAGGACUAUUAAUUUAUUAAAAUUAUCAUUAUACUAGCAAAGUCAGUUGAAAUAUAAUCUCGUGAUUUAAGACCAAGUAAUAUAUUAUUAAUUUUCAUUUGUUAUUUUUAUUUUCAAUUAAUAUUUUAUAUCUUGGUGACAAAAAAAAAAAUGAUAAUGAAUAAUUUAUUUUAUUCUUUAAGUAGAAAAAAAUUAAUAAUAAUAAUUGGUACAGUAAAUUUGUUGAAAGAUUUUAAUGAUAAAUUUAUUAUUGAUUUUUUUCGUUACUUUUUUGGCGGUGAUUAUCAGUGUGUAGAUGAAUUUUUGAAAAAUCAUUGAAGGGUCAAAAGAGGGUUAUAAAGAGAAUGGGAUUAUGUUAAGCGAUGCAUGAGCUACAGUCCAUGUUAAGCCAAGCGUAACAGAGAUACUGCAAGCGUUGAUAUUUAAUACAUAUAUAUGGUUUAUGGUGGCAAACCACCACACUGACGACUAUCACAUAAUGAUCAUAAUAAUGCAAUGCAUUUUAACAUUACAUAUACUUGUGAGUAUAAAGGGAAUUGGUUCAUACAUUGCAACACCUAUAUUACUAUUAAUAAGCAUAAAAUAAUUUGCAAUGGGUGUGACACAUGAUUGUGGUAUUAACAUCAAUGAUAUUUCAACAUGUACAAAUUUACAACAUAAAUUUACAAUUAAUCAAAGCCACAUUAACAUCCAAAAAAAAAUGACUAUAUUUAAUUUUAAUUAUUUUCGUUAUUUUAUUUAUUUUUAAAUUCUAUUUCUAUUAAAAGUGAUAUUAUUUUUAUUGUUUUUUGUUUUUUAAAUAGUAAUAUAAGGCAGGAGUUAUAAAUAUAUGUAAAUUAUUUAAUGAAAUUAAAAAAAAAAAUCUAGUCAAAUUUAUCAAUUGAUUUAUAAAAAUAUUAUUAUAUCAAAUUUUUAAAUUAAUUUCUUAAUAUAACUGUCGAUUGUUUUUUAUUUUUAUAUAAAAUAGAGCUUUUUUAUAAUAAUGACAGGCCUAAGCUGAGUGACUUUUCUAUGUUUAUAGCUCAGAAUAAUUUAUUGUUUAUUUAUAUAUUUUAUAAAUCAAUUUUUAUAAAGUUAAUUCGUUUUUUUUUUUUUUUUAUGUUUUUAUUUUUGGAAUUUGGGGAUUAAAAUAGAGUAUUAUUUUAUAUUCUGUAUAUUAUAUUUGAGAUAUCGAUUAUUUAAAUAUUUAUUCCUAUAUAUGAGCAUCCAUUAUUGUUUUUUUAAACUAACAGUUUUUUUUUUUUUUUGUGAUAGUUCUACCAUGAGCUUUGCAAAAAUAGACAAAGUGAUCCUUGAAAAUACCGAUUUAUCUCGGCAAAAAAUACUCGUUUUUUUUUUAGUUACUAUUAUAUUUUUUAGAGAUUAUUUUAAUCUGUCAGUGACACUUAUCAAGCCCAUGUAUGAUACUUUAUUUGGUUUUAAAAAUACAACUUUGAAGAGUAAAAAAAAAAAUUACGUAUGUAAAUAAAAUUGAAAAAAAAAAAUAUUUGAACUGUGUUGUUGUAAAUGAUGUGACGUUAGAAUUUGUUGCAUGAAAAAUAUUGAAUUAACAAGAUGUUAAAGUAUAUAAAAUGAAAAAAUAAAAAAAUAAUAAUAACGAGCUAAUGAGACAAAAUAAGCAAUGAAAAUAACUAAAAAUAAAGAGAAAAAAAAAACU